CUCAGGCUGGCUCGAGCCUGUCAAACGGCUGCAGUCUGGCUCUUACCUAGGGUGUCGGGAAGCUUCUGCGCGAUCUUUUGUUUCAGCUGUAGCACCGUCAUGCUCUGCAUCUGCUCUUCGGUGUUGCACAGGUCGACGAUCAGCUUCUCCCCUCGUAGCCCAUGCACCACGACCUGGUAGAUUUUGCCCAUUGCUGUGCUGUUUUCUCUCUCUGUGUGUUUGUGUGUGUGUGCUCCUCUCGGUUCCGCAGCUUGAGAGGAAAUAGUGUCACUUCAGGGUGUGUUUAAGGUUUAUAACCGAGGGCUGAAAACGUGUGGCACUGAGAAAACUUUCACUUUCGAACAGAUAUAAUUAUUGCUGCUAUAAUUAGCAUUAUUCCUUCUUCUCGUAUGCGCAUCCAGUAUCAAAAACAGCUUUGAAAUAUACUGGCGAUGUUUUUUCUGUGUCGCUGCUUGUGUUGUUUUGACGGACGUGCAGGUGUACCAAAUGUGUACGUGAAGCUCUCUGCUGCCUUCACUUUUCACAACAGCAUCCAGUCCUGCCACAAAAAGCCUUUAAACCUAUACGUUUUGGACACUAGAGAAUGUGCCUUUCCGUGCACUGCCCGAAAAACAACCGGUUUGUGAAUGCAUUUCCCUGUUGAACUUCACAGUGCGCUGAAAUGUGGAAAUCACCCACAGUGUUUGGCAUCUGACCAGGGAAGUGUUUAUUUACCAGUCUGGUUGUUUUAUAAGACUAUGGUUUAAUAAUAUCCAAGCAUCAAAGUAAAAGACUACCUAGUAAUAUUAUUACAUUUUUUAAAAAUGGAGUGACAUAAAUUGUCCCGACCUGCGAUCCUGAAUUCACGUGACUUCUUGGAACUGCCUGGGCGAAACUGAAAGUGACCGGACAAGUGCAAAUCUUGCCGGAGUCCGUGAAGGUAACACAGCAGGUCGGUCGACGGCGAGCGGAGGAGCUGCAACAAGAUGAGCUCUCCGGGCCAGAACGAGAAGAGCUACGACCCCAGAGACACGACCCUGAGGUUCGUCAACAGGCCGGAUGAUCUGGAUCCACUACCCCCGGAGGACGGAGACCUGGGUCUCCGAGCAGAGAUGUCCUGCGGUCACGCUGUCACACCAGAGUCCCUCACCGGGUGGUGUCGCAGCCUGCUGGAUCAGGGCCAGUACAAAUUCAAGUGCCCUGCUUUAGAGCUCGGCACCAAGUGUGAUGCAGUGUGGUCUUAUCAAGAGGUGCGCAGGCUGGCAGUGCUGACAACUGAAGAGAUGCAGUACUUUGAAGAGAACAUCGCCCGCCUGGCUGCCACAGAGUACUGUGAAUUCAAGGCAUGUCCUGGGUGCAAAUCCUAUGUGGAGAGAGAGGACCUGAUGAACCUCAAUGUGCAGUGCAUAGUCUGCAGAGCAGACAAGAAGAAGGCUUACGAGUUCUGCUGGCAGUGUCUGAAGCCGUGGAAAGGUAAAGCUCCACGCUCUGACCGCUGCGACAACGAUGGCUGCGUCAACCACGACCUCGAGCUUCUCAAGAACUGCAAGACGACCGACCUCCCUCAGGUGGAGGGGGUCCACGCGUGUCCCUCCAUCCGGGCCUGUCCCACCUGUGGUCAGAGGGUGGAGCACGACAAAACGGGCUGCAAGAACAUCAUCUGCCCACGCUGUCAGAUCGAGUUCUGCUUCGUGUGCCUGAAGCUCAAACGUGAGUGCCUGGAGACGAGCUCUUACUUCAUCCCCUGCAGCGAUGGUGUUGCUCCCAGACAGACCUCCAUACCUGUGUGGCACAGAAACUAAGAGGGGAUUUUGCAGACACGUUCACUGCUCAUGAUGUAUCUUUCAGGCUUCUUCUGUCACACUAUACUAUGCUUUUCCUGUUGGAUUUCAUUGUAAGAUUCUUCUUGCAGCUGAAGCUUCUAAGCUUUUUUGUUCAUAUACAUUGUGAACAUUAAAAAUAUCAGCUGUAUUUUGUCAUAAUGUUGUAUAAUGCACUGUUUGUAAUGAAGGCUGCUUCCUUAGAUUUGACCUGUGCUCAGUAAUCAUUAAUAACUGUAUCACUUAAUGAAGGUUCCUAUUACAUGAAUGCAGAGUGUCUAUUUGAUGUCUAAACCAAACAUUUUCCUGCAUGUUGAACAAAGUUAAAUAACAAAAUAAACAAAAUAAUAACAUUUAUCCACGUGUGAUGCAAGAUUCUAUAAAUGUGCAUACCUGCAUGAGCUUUCAUGCAGAACAAAACCUGAUUUUUUCAGAGGCAGAAGAAUAGCUUGUUCUUGUUCUUCACUUGUUCAUCUCGAAACACUAAAUGAAGCAAACAUUAGGGUGUCAGGAUUUCAAUGAAUAAAAAAUACAUAUUACUCCUUACUUUGUUUCCCAUAAUU